GUUCACGCGUUUUUACGACACGACGAAGGCGUCUCAACAUGUCUUUCCACUACUGUCAAUUUAGUUGUUUGCUAUAGUGUGCAAUCAUGGGCAUUCGAUUAUUAGAAUACAUAUUCUUCUUCUAUUUUGCAUCUCAUAUUCCCAUUACACUAUUUAUCGAUUUACAGGCGCUGCUACCUGAUCAAGUGUAUCCGAAUGUGCUGAAAGAUCUUCUCAGGUGGUAUGCAGAAGAGUUCAAAGAUCCCAUGGUUGUGGAUCCGCCGACCUGGUUUAAGUCAUUCAUCCUGUGCGAAGCCUUGGUCCAGAUGCCAUUCUUCCCCGUGGCUGCAUAUGCUUUCUUUAAAGGUGGAUGCAAAUGGAUCAGGACUCCGGCUAUCAUCUAUUCCACACACGUGGCUACCACCUUGGUCCCUAUUUUGGCGCACGUUCUGCUGUUCCCGUUCCCCCUGAAGCCCCACGCGGGCCCACAGACCUCCAAAGAGCGCUUGACCCUCGUGUCCAUAUAUGCCCCUUACCUGCUCGUACCCUUGAUGUUGCUGUUUACCAUGCUCUUCUCUUCCACAUACAAUUCAAACUCCAAGGUUGGAAACAGUUCUGCUAAACUCAAGAGACAAUAGGCUUUUGUUUAUAUUGUCUUUCUGAAUGAAUGUAUAGCCUAUACGGUAAAAGGAUAUGUUUCUACACUGUUAACCUUACCGUGAACAACACAAUAUUCUGUAAUUACAAUAGGCUAUGUUUCAUAAAAUGUGUCUUGAAAGUGCUGUUUGACUGUCGCCAUAUUAAUGUAAUGGGCACUACAACACAAACCCUAAACGGAAACACCAUAAAUGGCCAACAAUAUUUUUUAUUUCUUAAGAUUUAACAGAAAUAUGAAUUUAAUAUUUUGUGAUAUUAUUUUAGACAACAUUGAGUUCCUCAAUAAAUCGUUGCCAACA